CACUGAGACAAGCAAUAAAUAAGCAUGCUGGGGCCACGCUAGACAUACAUAUAUCGCGAUGGAAGCCUUAACCUUUUCUACAUAUAACUUUGGCGGCUAUCCUGGCUAUUUUCCUUUAUAUAAUGGGAACCCCAAAUUCAAACCCCAGAGCUGGAACAAAAAGGGCAAUUAUGGUGUCAUGCCCGAGAUUCCUGACUAUUUUGAAAUAUACAAGCGUGCUCAGUUGAAAGCUAUCUUGUCUCAGGUGAACCCGAAUUUAACUCCUCGCCUGCGCAAGGCCAACACCAAAGAGUUCGGGGUUCAGGUGAACCCGAAAGUGAACGCUACAGUGCAGUGCUCUCUCGGACCCAAAACGCUGUUUUAUCGCGAGGACAAGUGGGACUCCCCGAAAAGCAGCAGUCCGCUGAGGAACACCCUUCCCAGCACCCCGGUGAACAAUGUGCGCUUCUCCCGCCCCGUUGCGAUUUACUCGCCGGUGUUUGAUCGCAGGUUUUUCUCAGUGCCAGCCCGCGCAGAUGAACUGGACAAGGAUGCAAAGCUGGCCAGAUCUGAGGAGGAAAACUGCGCAGCGGAAGUGGAGACGCGCGAGACCGAGGCUGAAGAUACCUGGGGGAAAGAGCGUCAGUGCACUGCUUUCCACAGUCACGCGCCUACAAGGUUUAACUUCCAGUUUCUGGAGCAGAAAUAUGGCUACUACCACUGCAGCAAGUGCAAUAUCCGCUGGGAGAGCGCGUACGUCUGGUGCAUCUCUGGAACUUGCAAGGUUUACUUCAAGCAGCACUGCAGAAAGUGCCAGGCUGGACUAAACCCAUACAGAGUGGAAUCAAUUCAGUGUCAGGUAUGUGCACGGACACGCUGCUGCUGUGAGCGGAAGCAGAGGCACAUUGACAUUCGUCGUCCUCACCGCCAGGACUUGUGUGGCCGCUGCAAGGGCAAGAGGCUGUCCUGCGACACCACUUACAGCUUCAAAUACAUUGUCUGACUGUCUAACCAAUCUUUUAUAUUGAUGCCGAUGAACU